GGGUGAAUUGUCUUAUUUGACGGCUUGACGCAUGUUUCGUCUCUACUAGUGUUUAUCGCACUGUCACAGGUUUGACAGGCUACUUAAAGAACUCGAUCUCGCAUCAGUGCUGCUUCUCUACUGUUCGAGCAACUCACAUUCCGAGACAUAGCAAUAAGAUAGGAAGAACCUAGUUGCUUUAUGUCGAAGGAAUGCCCGGAUUACAUAUAGCAAACGGGGCUGAACCCAAGAACUCCCAACCCGCGUUUGUAUUCGACAUCGACGGCGUGUUUAUAAGGGGCGAGAAGUUGAUCCCAGGAGCUCGCGAAACUAUUCAGCUGCUGCAGAGUCGCAACAGCCCUUUCAUCUUCCUAACAAAUGGCGGCGGACAUACGGAACAAAAACGAGUCGAGAAACUUAGCCAGCGACUAGGCCUUACCCUCGAUGCGAAACAGUUCGUACAGUCGCAUACCCCUUACCACGAUCUCGUGUCCGAGUAUGGCAACAAAACAGUUCUAGUCCUUGGAGCCCAUGGAGAUCAGAUUCGAGACCUAGCCCACAAAUACGGCUUCAAGAAGGUCCUCACGUCAUCUGAUAUCGUGGCCGAGCGUCCACUCAUCCACCCAUUCCGAGAGAUGACCAAGGCUCACCACGAAAAAUACGGGCGCAACAACAACAUACUGGACACCACGCCGAUAUCAGCCAUCAUGUUCUGGUCUUCGUCGCGCGACUUGGGCCUGGAUUUGCAGAUCAUCACCGACCUGCUAUUAUCGGCCGGCGGCUAUAUCGGCACCAAAUCGCCCAAGAACGGCGAUCCUUCCCUGCCUAACCACGGGUACCAGCAGGACAACCAGCCCAGGCUCUUCUUCUGCAACCCGGAUUUCCUCUGGAGCACCGAGUACCACGAGCCGCGGUUCGCGCAAGGCGCGGCCAUCGCAGCGCUCAAGGGCAUCUUUCACGAGAUGACGGGCGGCAAGGGCGAGCUGCUGUACACGAGCAUCGGCAAGCCGACGGAGACCACGUACGUCUACGCGGAGAAGGUGCUGCGCGAGUACGGCAGGAAGCUGGAUCCCGCCCGCGAGAUCGGCACCGUGUACAUGAUCGGCGAUAACCCGCGGAGCGACAUCGUCGGCGCCAAGAGCUUCAGGUCUAGGUGCGGAUAUAAGUGGAUGAGCGUGCUUGUCGAGACGGGCGUCUACGUGCCGGGUUCGGUGCCGGCGCAUCAGCCUGAUCAUACGGCGGCGGAUGUUAAGCAGGCGGUGGAGUGGGUGCUGAGGAAGGGGAAGGAGAAGCGCAUCAACGGAGCUGAGUGAGGUUUAUCAACAAGGUGUUGAUUCUCUGCUUAGGUAUUCGGCAUGGCGCAUCUAGACGGUAGUCUGGAGUUAUUACCUAUUGCCGGAGUUAUGGUCCAGCAUUUGCGGUUUCGCUUUAGAGAUCUCCAUUUCGGAACUAAGUGAGUGGCAUUUACCCCCAGGCAUAGCAAAUGGGAGGGCGGGCCCCUUUUUUACGUAGAUGCUUUGGUUUGGGACUCUGAUGAGCCGAUACCAUCUAUCUAGAUCAGGACCAUUUUUCCUAUUUUCUCUAGGUACUUGUUACAUAGGCGAAGGACACGAACUUGCAU